CAUUAAUCGUAGCCGACUGUCGCAAUCGGGUCUUUGAGUAAUUUCGCAUUCGCGUGGAGUGAUCACAUUUACUUACACGCGCGUAAGUCGCCGUCGUCGUUCUCUCGGAUUUUCGCGAAAACCGUGGCUCGUGAGGCCCGCGAACGUUACACGGUUUAACGCCAGGCCGGAGACAACAAUACGAUAUACCUGCACAUCAUGUUUGAACUCAACCUGUACAACAUCGCGCUUAUCCCGACGGCGAUUUUGAUAAUUUUGAUAUCGUUCGCGAUAUGGUCGCGACUUCAGAAGCCGCUGGAAUACAGGCAGAUCUCGUCACAUGUGCCGUCCAUCACGAAAAGCCUCUGGAGCGAGAUGCUGUUUUCGUGCACCAUAGCGAUGAAACAUCCUAAAGAUUUGUUGCCGUUCUUCAAGGAAAUAUUUGAAAACAACGGCCCAGUAGUUCAUGUCAAUAUCACUGGACGGUCAUAUGUAUUGCUAAAUGAUCCAGAUGACAUAAAAAUUCUAUUAUCCAGUUCACAGUACAUAAAAAAGGGUCCUGAAUAUGAAAUGUUGAAACCAUGGCUAAACGAUGGACUUUUAUUAAGCUCAGGUUUAAAAUGGCAAAAUCGUCGAAAGCUCCUAACCAACACUUUUCACUUUAAAACAUUAGACAUGUAUAAUCCUGCCGUCAAUAAGCAUGCAAAGGUAUUUGCGAAAAAGCUCUUGGACGCGUGUGCGGACAAUAAAGAAAUUUCCAUCCCGGAAUACGUGACAUUAUGUUCUUUAGACAUAAUCUGUGAAACAAUUAUGGGUACUGAAAUGAAUGCUCAAAAAGGAAAAUCGGUUCAAUACGUCUAUUCCAUUAAAAGUGCUUGCAGGUCAGUGAUUGAUCGAAUUUUCAAAUUUUGGCUUUGGAAUGACCUAAUUUAUAGAAUAAGCGAAAGUGGUCGAUCAUUUUUUAAAUCAAUUAAAGUGUUACAUGAAUAUACAGAUAAUGUCAUCAAAUGUAAACAAUCGUUGUUAAAAAACUCCGAAAAUCAAAAACUGCAAUCUGAAAGCAAGCCUGAAAAAAAGCAAAUAAAAUCGUUCUUGGAUUUACUUCUUGACGUUUUGAAUGAAAAUCCGGAUCAAAUGACGAUCAAAGACAUUCGGGAAGAAGUAGAUACGUUUCUUUUCGAGGGUCAUGACACAUCUUCCAUAGCGAUGACGAUGACCAUUUUAUUGUUGGGAAUGCACCAAGAUAUUCAAGAUCGCGCUAGGGAAGAGCUACAUAGUAUAUUUGGCGACUCCGACAGAGACGCUACAAUGGAAGACUUAAACGCCAUGAGAUAUUUAGAUGCAGUCAUUAAAGAAUCACUCCGGCUGUAUCCAAGUGUACCAAGUUUUACGAGAGAAUUGAAUACAACUUUACAGCUCAAGAACUAUAGCAUCCCUCCAUUGACAACUGUGGUAAUAUUUCCAUACAUUUUACACCGAAAUGAAAACAUUUAUUCAAAACCUGAAGACUUUAUUCCUGAAAGAUUUUUAGACGAAGAAAAUAAAUCAAAAUUUCUAUUUGGAUAUAUACCGUUCAGCGCAGGCGCAAGGAAUUGCAUUGGACAAAAAUAUGCUAUGAAUCAAAUGAAAACAGUAAUAUCGACAGUAUUAAGAAAUGCAAAGAUUGUAUCAUCGGGAUGCAAAGAAGACAUUAAAAUCAGUAUGCAAUUACUUAUCAGAAUAGAGUCGCUUCCAAAAGUGAUAUUUCAUAAACUUUAGUUAAGUAUAAUUUAUAGUGUAUUAUAUAAUUAGUAAUAAUUUAACGUUUUUUGUUUUUGU